AUGUUAGGGCUUAACAAUUUGGUUUCAAGUUGUACGAAUUCUGUGACGUCUAACUUCCCUUCAGAAUCGAUACAUAUUACAGAUUUAUUAAAAACAAUGGCAACAUCAAAUUUUGUUGUCAGUGAUGAUGAACAGUCACUAUCUCAAAGUUUGGGUUAUCAUAUCGAAAAAUUAAUUAAUGAAUUAUUACAUCCUGCCCAACCGUCUGCAAAAGAGUUCGUUACGAUAGGUCUAUCUGGCGGUAGUUUAAUCAAAAUUUUAUCCAAUAUUCUCCCCUAUCUUGCUCUUCCAUGGGCUAAAAUACGAUUUUUCUUUGCCGAUGAACGCUUUGUUCCAUUUUCGUCCGAUGAUUCCACUUAUCAUUCGUACGAUAAAUUAUUCCGACAGUUGCCAUUAACUGAGAAGAAUAUUUGUAAAAUAAAUCCAGACGUAGAGAACGUCGAGCAAUGCGCUAAAGACUACGAAACAAAGUUAAAAGAGUUAUUAAAAGAACCAGACCAAUCGUUUGAUAUUUUAUUAUUAGGUAUGGGUCCCGAUGGUCACACAGCAAGUCUUUUUCCAGAUCAUAGCGCUUUAAAUGUAAGCGAUGGCUUGGUAACGUAUGUCAAAAACAGUCCAAAACCUCCUACAGAACGUGUUACGUUAACUCUGCCAACGAUUAACAAAUCAAAACAUGUCCUCAUUUGUGCCACAGGUGAAUCAAAAGCUCAAAUUGUGAAAGAAGUGAUUAAAGAUAAAAGUAAACAAUAUCCUAUUGGUCAAGUUCAAGGAAAUAAUGUUUCCUGGUAUUUAGACAAACAAGCAGCCAGUCAAUUGUAA